UGAUUUUGCAUUUCCGGGUAGGGGGCAUGCGUGAACGCCCUACCCACGCCACUAUUCACGCCUCAGCUGUUAAUCACUGGGUCCCGGCUGCAUAGCAGAACCAUGCAAAGCAGUGUGCUUACAGUGAAGCACACACCCCCCCACCUCCAGAGUAAAACAGCACACAGUUAACCCUUUGAUCACCCCACAUGUUAACCCCUUCCUGCCCAGUACCAUUAGUACAGUGUCGGUGCUUUUUAUUAGCACUGAUCACUGUAUUGGUGUCACUGGGGAUGUCAGUGACACCAAGUCAGUUCCUCACAGUGUCAGAAUACCCGCCGCAGUCCUGCUAU